AUUCCCGAUCACGACCAGCAUGAUGAGACCCCCCCCCCCCCCAAAGUUCCACGACGAUGCUAGAUCACCGGUGAACCUCCUAUGCCCCUUAGUCCCUUGGUGAUUCGCCGUGGCGCUGGUGGUGGGAACCGCCUAAAGAGAACCAAAAAAAAAGGUUCUGGAUGGUCCAUCAGAGGCCAAUCACAUCUCCAAAACGCGCUCUUGGCCGCCAUAAGGCUAGCUAGCCAGCUACUCCUAGGCAUUUGCCAAUUAUCCCAUGUUUUAUGCAUUGGUAGAUUAAUCGAGAUCACAGUUGUUUCUCAUUCGCUCGAUUGCGGUCGCCAUUCGAGAUCGCAAAUACCGUGGACGUUCCAGUUUGCUCUUCUAAUUUCCCUUCUUCCCUGAGCCAGCCGGGCCGAGAGAAGCCGUUUGGUCCAAGAUUGAAGCACAACGGUGCGUGGCCACACCGGCACAGUGUACUGUACUCGAGU